AUGCCCAUGCUCCACUACGCCACUCCCGCACAAUCCUGGUCCGAAGCCCUGCCCCUCGGCAAUGGUCGACUGGGAGCUAUGCUCUUUGGCGGUCUUGGCGCCGAGACGCUGCGUCUGAAUGAAGAAAGUGUGUGGUAUGGCGGGCCUAUGGACCGAACACCUGUCGAUGCUUCACGCUAUCUUGCCAAGUUUCGGGAGGGUGUUAGGAGGGGCAGAUAUGGGGAGGUGGAGGAGUUGGUAAGGAAGAGGUUUUUGGCGACCCCGAGGAGUAUGAGGCAUUCAGAGCCGGCGGGGAUUUGUAAGGUUGAUUUUGAGGGUGAUGGAAUUGACGUCAAGGGCUAUGAGAGGAGUUUGGAUCUUGGGACUGGGGUUGCGAGGGUUGAGUAUAGUGUUGGUGGGAACAAGAUUCGCAGAGAGGCCAUAGCGACGUUUGUGGAUAAUGUCAUCGCAAUCCGCAUUAAGGCAGACUGUAAAGUCACUUUCGUGGUCAGUUUGACGCGGAUGAGUGAUGUGGAGUGGGAAACCAACGAGUUCCUAGACUCGAUUACCGCUAGAGAUGGAAGAAUCAUUCUGCACGCGACUCCAGGUGGCAAAGGGAGUAAUCGGCUUUGUCUAGUUACAGGAGCUCAGUGUGAGGAUGAAGGGGAGAUUGAAGUCGUCGGACGUUCGCUACAGGUUACUUCAAGCGACACUGUUGUUGUCCUCGCUGCUCAUACCACAUAUCGGCAUCCUGACCCAGAAGACGCUGCACUGAAGGACGUCGACGGUGCGCUUCGCCACUCAGGCUCAUCGCUAUGGGAGCGACAUAUCACAGACUGGAGUCAGUUAUAUAACCGGAUGGGCAUCCAACUCUAUCCCUCCGCAUCGGACAAACACACCGACGAACGCCUCGCCCACCAACAUGACCCUGGUCUCAUCUCCCUCUACCAUUCCUACUCCCGCUACCUUCUCCUAUCAAGCAGCCGCUCCUACUCCGGCGCCUUACCCGCCACCCUCCAAGGCAUCUGGAACCCAUUCUUCCAACCGCCCUGGGGCGCAAAAUACACCCUCAACAUCAAUCUGCAGAUGAACUACUGGCCCGUUCACACCAGCAACCUCUCAGAAUGCGAACUGCCGCUAUUCGCCCUCCUCGAGCGAAUGGCCGUCCGAGGCGAAAAAACAGCGAGGACUAUGUACUCAUGUCGGGGCUGGUGUGCACAUCAUAAUACGGAUAUCUGGGCGGACACAGAUACUCAGGAUCAGUGGAUGCCGGCGUCGUUGUGGCCGCUUGGAGGUGCGUGGCUGUGUACGCAUAUUACAGAGCACUAUCAGUACACGGGGAAUAAGAGGUUCCUGGGAUGGAUGUUUCCUGUGCUAGAGGGAUGUGUGCGAUUUUUGCUUGAUUUUUUGAUUGAAGAUAAGGAGGGAAGAUAUUUGGUCACAAGCCCUUCAAUGUCUCCUGAAAAUCGAUUCGCGACGGGCCACGGUGAUGGCAACGAGACGGGUGUGUUCUGCGAAGGUUCAACCGUGGACAUCGAAAUAAUCAAGGCCGUAUUAUCCGACUACCUCUUCCUCUCCGACGAACUACUCCGCAUAAAGAACCCUUCCAAACUGUCGCCUGCCUUUCUUACCGACGCCAAAUCCGCACUGCAGCGCCUUCCACCUCUCUUCAUCAGCCCAACCACAUCCAUGAUCCAAGAGUGGGGCUGCAAUGACUACAUCGAAUCCGAACCCGGACACCGCCACACCUCACACCUAUUCCCGCUCUACCCUGGACGCACGAUUACCCCGACCGCGACACCUACUCUUGCUGCUGCUGCACGCAGCACGCUGCUUCGCCGCACACAACACGGUGGCGGCCACACGGGCUGGAGUCGUGCGUGGCUUGUAUGUCUCUGGGCAAGGCUACGGGACCCUAAGCAAUGUGCUGUCAAUAUCGAGGCGCUGCUGAGAGAUAGUACAUUGCCUAAUAUGCUAGACACGCAUCCGCCAUUCCAGAUCGAUGGGAAUUUUGGCGGAGCGGCGGGGAUUUUAGAGUGUCUUGUGCAGUCUCAUGAGGAAGUCGAGAUUGGGGAGAAGAGAGGAGAGAAGAGAGAAAAGGCGGUGUUAAUCAGACUGUUACCAUCUUGUCCUUCGGAGUGGAGGUCCGGGAAGGUGAAGGGUGUAAGGGUGAGAGGGGGUUGGGAGGUUGGGUUUGAGUGGCAGGAUGGUAUGAUUUUGGAGCCAGUUUUUGCAAAGAGGACUCCAAAAUCUGGUACAUGCGCUCCAACUCUGCAAGCAUCGUCUCAGUAUCCCCGCACUCUCAAGUUAUUGUAUCCUCAAUUCAUACUCUUCGGAGAUUCUAUCACGCAGAUUGAUGGGAAUCCCGAGUUAGACUUCAGUUGCAUCCAGGCACUUCAACACGGUAGUAUUCCUCUCAUCGAACUCAAAGACUAG